AGCGCGUACUAAGACGAUGUGCGUAUCAACCUAAAAGAUGUUCGGACGAGGGAAAAGUAGUCUCUCGAAGCCAAAAAAGGUUCAUUCUCUUGAAAAUUUGAAAUAUCUUCACUCCGUGUUACAAAAGAAUCGAGCUGUCAAUGAACAAAACUAUGGGAUACUAGUUGAAGCUCUUCGAUUAAUUGCAGAAAUUUUAAUCUGGGGUGAUCAAAAUGAUAGUUCGGUCAUGGACUUUUUUCUUGAAAAGAACAUUCUGGAAUACUUUUUGCAGUAUAUGAAACAAGAUUUAAGUCGAAGAAUAUGUGUUCAGUUACUACAAACUUUAAAUAUCUUAUUUGAAAAUAUAACAAAUCAAACAGCUAUCUAUUACCUUCUGUCAAACAACCAUACAAAUGCUAUUAUUACGCAUCGUUUUGAUUUCACCGAUGAAGAAGUGAUGGCUUAUUAUAUUUCCUUUCUAAAAAUAUUAUCCUUUCGUCUCAACGUAAAUACCAUCAGCUUUUUCUACAUUGAGUCUCGUCGAGAGUUUAAUUUAUAUGUUGAAGCCAUUAAAUUGUUCGCUCACCCGGAGGGUAUGGUUCGUAUUGCUGUACGUACUAUCACUCUAAAUGUACAUAAAGUUAAAGAUGAAGCUGCUUUGGAGUUUAUUCAUCAUCAGACUUCAUUAAUUUACUUCUCACAUCUUGUGUGGUCAAUAGGUAAUACAAUAUUAGAUAUUGAUUGUCAUAAGUGUCAAACUAAGUUGAAAGAUUUAGUUGCAGAACAUAUUGAUCAUUUACACUACAUAGAUGACUUGUUGUCACUGGGUAUAGAAGGUUUAAAUGAAGUACUGUGUGACCAGUUACUGAGAAGAUUAUUUAUACCAUUACAUAUCUACUCCUUAUUUAAGCAAUACAAGUCGGAUGCAACAACAAAUCUAGGGACAGUUCGUAGACCUCGUCUAUCCUAUUCAGUGACAGUGUUUACACUAAUUCAUGUGUACUUAUUUCUACGUGAUACUCGACUAAUCUGUUUACUUACGGAAGCUAUUUUAAUUGGCGAUCUCACAUUGCCUGGUUUAAUAAUACCUUGUAAUAUACCAUGUUCCAAUUCACAAAUUGUUUUCAAUGACCCCACAACUCAGGAUUGUUCCGUAAGUUUUCAAAGAAAUUUAAAUUACGAAGAGACUGAUGAUACUGCAUCUGAUGAUGAUCCAGCAAUGAUCAUUGCUAAAACGUUAAUUGCUGCCACUGUGUCUUUACGAGCUUCUGACCAAGCAUCACCUGGGCAAAGAUUAACUACCUACUUAAUACAUUCAGUAACAUCCAAAAAUCCAUUGAUAUUUUCUCAACCUAGUGAAUCAUUAGAACAUGGAUUAACUCAAGCAAAAGGUGUAACACCGACAUUGAUGUCUGUUCUAUGGCCACCCAAUGUGGCUCCACUAAAACUAGUGGAGAAGAAUACAGAAACUUACGUUCAGUCAUCCAUUUCUUCAAAUCUAUGUGAAAAACGCUCAUCUGAUCUGUCACCAGGCGAUUUACAAAUACAAUCACCUAACAGCUGUAAAGAUUCGUAUUCAUCUUCUAUUGAAAAAUCCCCAGUUAAAAUUGAAGAUUCAUCAUCUAAUUCAUCAGUCGUUUUUGAACAAAAUGAUAAAACGAUCGAUGCUGACUUAUCAAAUCUAUCUGGCCGUGUUUUUUUAAGAUCUUUAUUUCGUUCUUUGGAAAUUGGUUCGGGUUCAGAUCAAGAUGCUAUAUUCUCUAUUCUCCUUUUAUUCGCUAUAAAAUCAAAUAAAGGUGUUGAUUUGGCUACUUUGAAACUUGCCCAAUUAAACGGUCCCGAUAUAAAAAAUGAACCAUCGUAUAAUUAUACACUUGUCACAAAGCUUAUUGAAUUAAUUGGUGACGCAUGUAAAGCUGAAAGUCGUAUUCGUUUAAUCACUGUACGAAUGGCUAUUCGUUUGCUAACAGACUUAGUAUAUAGCGUCAAUUGUGGUUGUCAAUUAUCCGAUCAACAUUUCGCUGAAAUUAUUAAUGCUCGCGAAGAAGCGAUGCUUGUAUUAAGGAGUUAUUUUGAGAUUAGUGCAAUAUUUCUAGACCUGUUUGAAAAUGAAUUACGCCGUAUUCAAUCAGCACUUCCUCUGCUAUCUACAUUAGCUACAGAUGCUCGUCUGCUAAUACAACCAUAUUCAUCAUUCUUGGAGCCAUCAGAUGAGAUAACAAAACAUAAUACUAAUGCUACUACUAGUAGUAAUAAGAUGCAAAUGUUGACAUGUAAUGAUAUGGAUUUAAUCUAUCGAUUACCGAAUAAUGAACGUGAGCAUAUUCAACGUGCAAUCGGGAUAUAUCUUAUUGUACAUAUUUGGUUAGAAAGAAUGCUGACUUUAAAAAUGAAUGUUACCUCAUGUCAAGAUGUUAUUGUCGAUGCUGAUAACAUUUGUUUAUCAGUUCAGAAUUCGGAGAUAUUUCCAAAUGAUUUGUUUUCCAACCUUGUUGGUAUACCUGGAUUAGGAGGAUUUUGUAGUAUACCAGAUCCUAAAACAACUACACCUUCAUUAAAGACAGGAGAUAGACUAGACCUAUCAACUCGCCUAUGGUGGAAACCCUAUCCUAUCUAAACGAUCUCGAGUCAACGACUGGUUGAAAUUUAAACGCUACCACCGAAUACGAAUACUGAAACCACGUAUACGAUUCAAACUGGCUUCCUUCAACGUUCGCACACUAAUGCAGAUCGGACAACAUAUAGGGUUGGCUAUGUCU